AAGCUGGAGAACCUCUCUCUCUCUCUCUCUCUCUCUCUCUCUCUCUCUCUCCCAGCCAGUUCUCCCUCGCCAUUCUCCCUCGCUUUCUCGGGACACCCGAACCUGCGACCGCGGCCGGCGGAGAUGGAAGUAGCGGCGGCGGCGGUGGCGGCGGCGGCGCACGAGAACGGGAACGGCCACGCCUUGCCCUGCAGCAACGGCUCCGCGAAGCCGAGGGAUGAUCCGCUGGGCUGGGGGGCCGCGGCGGAGUCGCUGGCCGGGAGCCACCUCGAGGAGGUGAAGCGGAUGGUCGGGGAGUACCGGCGGCCGGUGCUGCGGCUCGGCGGGGAGACCCUGACCGUGGCGCAGGCGGCGGCGGCGGCGAGGGGCGCGGGGCUGACGGUGGAGCUGUGCGAGUCGGCGAGGCCCGGGGUCGAGGCCAGCGCGGAGUGGAUCAUGGAGAGCAUGUGCAAGGGGACGGACAGCUACGGCGUGACGACCGGAUUCGGGGCGACGUCGCACCGGCGGACCAAGCAGGGGGGCGCGCUCCAGAAGGAGCUCAUCAGAUUCUUGAACGCCGGUGUGUUCGGCAACGGAACCGAAUCUUGCCACACGUUGCCACAGUCGGCCACGAGGGCCGCGAUGCUGGUGAGAGUCAACACUCUUCUCCAGGGCUAUUCUGGAAUCAGAUUCGAGAUCCUGGAAGCCCUCAUCAAGCUCGUCAACAGUGGCAUCACGCCGUGCUUGCCGCUCCGCGGCUCGAUCUCCGCCUCUGGUGACUUGGUACCCUUUUCCUACAUCGCGGGUCUUUUGACGGGACGUCCCAAUUCCAAAGCGGUCGGACCCGCUGGGGAGACCCUCACGGCCAAACAAGCCUUUGAGCUCGCUGGGAUCAGUGGUGGAUUCUUCGAGUUGCAGCCGAAGGAAGGACUUGCCCUUGUGAAUGGGACGGGAGUUGGGUCUGCCUUAGCUGCCAUAGUGCUUUUUGAAGCUAAUAUGCUCACUGUCCUCUCAGAAGUUCUGUCUGCAAUAUUUGCUGAAGUCAUGCAAGGAAAGCCAGAGUUCACUGACCAUUUGACGCACAAAUUGAAACAUCAUCCUGGCCAAAUAGAAGCUGCAGCUAUCAUGGAGCACAUUUUGGAUGGUAGUUCUUACGUCAAGGCGGCCAAGAAGUUGCAUGAUAUGGACCCACUUCAGAAGCCGAAACAAGAUCGGUACGCGCUGAGGACUUCGCCUCAGUGGUUAGGUCCUCAGGUGGAAGUGAUCCGCGCAUCUACCAAGUCCAUUGAGCGAGAGAUCAAUUCAGUUAAUGACAACCCUUUGAUUGAUGUGUCGAGGAACAAGGCCUUGCAUGGCGGUAAUUUCCAGGGCACCCCUGUUGGUGUCUCGAUGGACAAUACCCGGUUGGCUAUAGCUUCUAUUGGAAAACUCAUGUUUGCACAAUUCUCCGAGCUUGUCAAUGACUUCUAUAACAAUGGGUUGCCUUCUAAUCUCUCUGGCGGUCGAAACCCCAGCUUGGAUUAUGGUUUUAAAGGUGCAGAGAUAACAAUGGCGGCUUAUUGCUCUGAGCUUCAAUUCCUGGCCAACCCGGUGACCAAUCAUGUACAAAGUGCUGAGCAACACAACCAGGAUGUGAACUCAUUGGGAUUGAUCUCUGCUAGAAAAACAGCGGAAGCAGUCGAGAUUCUACAGCUGAUGUCAUCAGCCUUUCUAGUUGCACUUUGCCAAGCAAUAGACCUGAGGCAUUUGGAAGAAAACUUGAAGAGCACGGUGAAGAACACGGUAAGCCAGAUUGCCAAGAAGGUGUUAACCAUGGGACCCAAUGGAGAGCUCCAUCCGUCAAGAUUCUGCGAGAAAGAUCUGCUCAAAGUGGUCGACCGUGAACAUGUAUUCGCAUACAUUGAUGAUCCAUGCAGUGCGACUUACCCAUUGAUGCAGAAGCUUAGGCAAGUGCUCGUCGAUCACGCACUAGCCAAUGGUGAUGAGGUGAAAGCGAACUCUUCCAUCUUCCUUAAGAUAGGUACUUUCGAGGAGGAGCUGAAGGCCCUUUUGCCUAAAGAGGUAGAUAAUUGCCGGAGUGCCUGCGAGAGUGGAAAUGAAGCUAUCCCAAACAGGAUCAGGGAAUGCAGGUCAUACCCGCUGUACAAGUUUGUGCGAGCAGAUUUGGGAACCGAGCUCUUAACCGGAGAGAAGGUCCGGUCACCCGGAGAGGAUUUCGACGAGGUGUUCACAGCAAUGUGUGAGGGUAAGUUGAUUGAUCCUCUGCUGGAAUGCCUUAAAGAAUGGGAUGGCACCCCCCUUCCCAUUUGCUAGAAGAGUACUGCCUAGGAAGAGGAUGGCAAUUUGCUCCUUAUGAUGUAUUUUGUAAGUUGAAAGGAAUGCUGCUGGGAAAAAUUGGGGAUUGUGCCUUUUUCUGUAUAAUAAAGUCUGUGGAGUGCUGUUCUUUACCCUUCAUUUAUUUCCAUAUGUUCUUUCAACUUCCUUCUAUAAGCAUUAGGCAUAUUCUGUAAGCUUUUAUGAUUUAAUACAUCUUCUAAAUUAUUCCGUGA